AUGGGUGAGGGAAUGAUCAGAUGCGGGCGGGUGCAUAAAUGGGCUGAGGUUGCACCAAGUCUGCUGACGUGGCAAGCGUACCGGAAAAUGAAAUAUUAUUCGAGAUCAUCGUCGUCGUCGUCGUCGUCAGGUUUUUCAAAAUUGGAGACAAUUGCAGAAGAAGCAGUCUCUGAAAAUAUUGAUCAAUUGGCUUUAAUGCCAAGACCAAAUAAUCCAAAGCCAAGCAGUGCUCAAUUUGAUUGCCUUGGAGAUUUGCUCUGUCUCAAAGAGAGCUUGACACUAACACUGGUGCUUUCAUUGCUUUCUUCCUCCUUCAUUAUGAAGAACGAAGAGAUUGCAGCACUUUUGCAGGCUUUGGACCUCAAAUGGGAACAACGUUCCGAGUCCCAACUGGAGCAUCUCAAGUCCUUGCUGGAUGAGCGUUUGGCUCAACUGUCAUCACCAUCGUCGCCGAGCAUGGGUGGGGAGGCAAGUGCCAUUCGUGAGCAGGUGCCGCGUGAGAAGGGACGGCAAUUUGAUGCUGCUUCCGACUCCUGUGAAGUGAAUUCGAUUAUCAAAACUUUGCGGGUUAAGGUUCCACGUUUUGAUGGUCAAAAUGUUGAUGAUUGGAUUUACAAGAUCAACAAAUUUUUUAAUCUACACAAAGUUGCCCCAGCUACGCGACUUGCUGUAGUCGCCUUUCACUUGGAUGGAGCUCCGUCAACCUGGUUCCAAUGGAUGGAAAAGGGAGGCUCCAUUACAGAUUGGGACUCAUUCAUUUCGGCAUUGCAACUGCGAUUUGGGGCCUCAAUCUAUGAUGAUCUGCUGGGUAGGAUUUCGAAGCUCACUCAGACGGGUCUUGUUUCUCAGUUCCGGGCGGAAUUCGAAUCCCUCAUGCCGCGCAUUUCGGGUGUGGCCGAUUCUAUGUUCUUGAAUUUUUUUAUAUGGGGACUCAAGUUGGACAUUCGACGGGAAUUGUUGCUGGCCAAACCGGUCGAUUUGGCGGACGCUAUGGCAAAGGCUCAGUUAUUUGAGGAUCGGAAUGAGGAUUUAGUAAAUCGACAGAAAUCGGAGGACCACCGCUCGGGUUGGUCGACAAGGGCCAUGACGACUACCCCAUUCACUCCACCAGCUUCCUUUACUGCUUCUAAACAUGGUUACACUACUCCCACUAUUACAAAUCAGCCACCAAUAUCUCAGGCAGGUAUCGCCCCCCUUCCUAUAAAAAAAUUGACUCCCGCUGAAAUGAAAGAUCGUCGCGACAAAGGCCUCUAUUAUACUUGUGAUGAGAAAUUCAGUUAUGGUCAUAAGUGCAAGAAUAGGAUGCUAAUUAUGUGUGUUCAAGAAGAGGAGCUUGAGACAGGAACUGAACCAGACGGACAAGACUUCGACACCGCAGAAGAGGAAGUGAGUCUCAAUUCACUUUCGAAUUCGUUGAACCCCAGAAUUUUUCGCAUUACUGCCAAACACAGCAAAGAGUCCUUAGAGGUGCUAGUAGAUACGGGCAGCAACAACAAUUUUAUCCAGGAGGCCUUGGUUUAUCAACUACAACUGUUUUCGGAGGAGACCAAGCGAUUCAAAGUCUAUAUGGGUAAUGGGCAUUUCCUUUUGUGUUCGAAGAUUUGUAAAGGAUUCGAACUAGUUUUGCAGGGACACAAGUUUGUUGUGGAUCUUUAUGUGUUGCCGAUUUCUGGUCUAGAGGUGGUUCUCGGAAUGCAAUGGUUGCAGACUUUAGGUCCAUGUAUUCAUGAUCAUAAAGAACUCACUAUGGAGUUUUCUUGGAAAGGUAGUGUGGUGAAGCUAAAAGGAUCGACUGAUGUUUCGGCACAUCAGCUCUCUUACGCUCAAUUUAAUGCUCUAUUGCAAGAAGGGGACGUGAGGAUGUUGUACCGUUUGUCUGCUGUUUUGGAAGACCAAGACAUGACCGUGGCUGCCUUACCUGAUUUAGAGGCACAUUUUCCAGCACUGGGCAAGGGUAUUCUCACUCAAUAUGCCGACAUUUUUACUGAACCCAAGGAGUUGCCUCCUUACCGAAGUGUGGACCAUCGCAUCUUCUUACAACCGGGUUCACCUCCUGUGAACAUAAGGCCUUAUCGGUACCCACAUUUUCAGAAGGACGACAUUGAGAAGUUGGUGCAAGAAAUGAUGGAAAUGGGAUUUAUCCGACCCAGUACCAGCCCAUACUCAUCUCCGGUUUUGCUUGUUAAGAAAAGGAUGGAACGUGGCGAUUUUGCGUGGAUUAUAGAGCUCUUAACGGAAUUACAGUCAAAGAUCGUUUUCCUAUUCCGACUAUUGAUGAGUUGCUAG